GAAGUUGCUGGAAACAAAAAAUCAACCAGUCAUAUUGAUGAUAUUAUAAAACUUACAGCUAAAGGUCAUGAAUAUGUACAAGAAAUUCAAACCGGAGUUAAGAAGGAUAAACUAUGUUGGUCAUGGAUUAUGUUUUGUUCAGGAGAUGGAAAUAAAUAUCAACAUAAAUUUCGUGUUCACUCAUUUUCACGAUUAUCUUACCUUAAUUCAAGCUAUCCACUUCGUAUUAAAAUAGAGGGUACUCACCUCCCUUCUAAUUUAAUAAAUACUGCUAAUGUUCCAAAAAUUUCAAGAAUCAAUUUAACGCGUGAAGUUAAAGAUAAGAUUAUAAUUAGUCGCCAUGCUGAUCAUAGAACAAUAAAGGGAAUUAAGGGAAAGCUACUAGUUUCAUUAAAUGGUACUAGUGAAGAAGAACUGAACAAUGCGUUAUCAAAUAAUCGUGAAAUUUGCAGCAAUACAAAAUUAAAAUGGUUUAUCACUCAUGAAGAUAGACGUUUAAAGGAAAAUCUGCAACCAGACUUGUCAAAACCUGAAGAUUCUCCUGAUCACUACUACCAAUUAACUGUGUCAGAUGAAUUUUGGCUAAGAAAUGGUCGAAAAUUUGGACAAUUAUAUUUCAGAAUUGAUAGAAAAUAUGACCUUAAUAUUGAUCGUGCUCCUGUAUUAACUAUGGUUGUUGAAAAUAAUACUGGUCAUGGAACCUCAUUGGCUUUCAGAGUAGAAGGCAUCGUGUGUGGAACUAUACUUUGUUGGUUUUACAUUAUGCAAACAUUUGGAGAAAAUUUAAAAAUAUGGAAUAUUCCACACUCAUUCAGGUUGCGAAUGCAAUUUAUUGAUGCUGGUCGCCUUUCUAUUAGUUCUAAUUUACAAAAACCAAUAACCACUAAUAACUAUACUGAAAGAAUGAACCGCACAAUUGAAUCACAAUUGUCUGGAAAACAAACUGUCGUAACAUUUAUUGAACAACUUUAUGGAAUUAAGUUAUUACGUGAAAAUCUUAAUCCAGAAGGGACAAAUAAAAAUGUUUACGAAGCUGGAUUGGUUACACUUCUUAAUGCACAAUCGGUUGAACAGCAAAAUGAACUUUUUAAAAUAAUAUCUACUAUGAAUCGACGUUUGAAUCGUGGAAGACUCUGUUUUCUUAUGGGUUUAGUCAAACCAUCAAGCCAUCCAAAUUACUAUUAUGUUAAAAAAACAUAUGAAUCGAAUAUUGUAAUUGAUUCUUUUGAUACUGAUGAAUUUACUGAAUUGGAAGAACCUAUUGAUCAUUUUAAGCUGAUGAUGAACCAACUAGUUAAAAACUGUGAAGUUGAGCUCCGAGAUAGAUUUUAUGUAACUAAUAUUGUUACUGGUGAAUGCCCAUUAUGUUUAGAUUAUAUUUGGAAUGGUCCAUUUUAUGAUGUUUGUAAACACUGUCAUGCUGCACGAAUUUUUUCGCAAGGGAACAAUCUGAAUAACAUACAAGAAACAAAAGAAAAGUUGGUUAAUUAUUUUAAGAAUAAAGAAAGAGCAAUUCUAGCAGAUCAAAAAAAUAAUUUAAUUUAUCAUAGAUCCACGGAAGUUGCAUAUCAAGAAAUAGCUCGCCUAUUUAAUUCUGAAG